CUUUGUCUGAGAUUAAUCAAAGAUGCUAUCCAGCAUAUCAAGAUUAAGAUCUAUAUGCUAACUAUAACCUUUAGUCCAUAUAUAUCCAUUGCUAUAACCUUUAGUCUAUAUAUAUGCUUGCCAUAACCUGUAGUUCAUAUAUGUGCAUUGCAGAACUCACUCAUUGAUUGUGAUAUUUCUAGAUCGUCAAUGUCUCCUUGCAACUCACAAGUUAGCACCAUGUCGGCUUUGAUUCUCCUCCUGUUUGUGACACCUAUCUUAGCUACUAGACCCCCAGCAACCAUGCUACCAGGCCAGCAAAAGGGGAAUUGUACAUAUGCAGUAGAGAUCGAAACAACUUGUGCACCCUCUGCAGCAACAGCUGAUCAUGUGGGUGUGAGGUUUGGAGAUUCAGAGGGAAACCAUGUUGUUGCCAAGAAUUUGAAGCAUCCAGAACCCAUUUGGAAUCCUAGAAUGGGCAGGGAAAACAAGGAUAAGCAGUGGAACAACUAUCAGCCUUUUGAUAAAUGUGCAAUUGAUAGGUUUGAGGUAGAAGGGCCAUGCAUGCAAAGGGGCAUCUGCUAUCUUUACCUCAAGAGGGUUGGGGCUGAUGAAUGGAGGCCUGGGUGGGCCAAGGUGCUCCAUAAGAAGUCUGAUGGCGUUGUUUCCCCAGUCUCUGAUACAUUCUAUUUCAGAAUGUUUCUGCCUAGCAAUGUGUGGUUUGGCUUUGACUACUGUGACGAGAAUCCACCCCACCCUCCUAUGAACUAGAAGUAAAAUAGCUUGGAACUUUUAAGGAUUAUAACUAUCUAAGGAUAUGUCUGAAGUGGAAAUAUGUGUAUCAUUAUCAACUAAUGUAAAGACUAGAAACGGUCCAGUGCACAUGUAAUGUGUACUCUAAGUUAUGGAAUAAGAAAUAUACUUGAAUGUAUAUAUUAUAAUAA